UCUCAUGCCUUGCUUGUCAACAAAGCAUUCUUCUUUAGCUUUAAGCUUUUACCAUUGAAUACAAAUUUUCUGUCCCUCUUUUCCUCUCUUUGCUUCACUCUUUUGUUUUCCCCAGAAAAAAGAAGAAGAAGAAGAAGAAGAAAAUCAAAGUCUCAUUGAAUCCAUUCAAAGCUCCAGUUUCAGACAUUCAAAAUCAAACCCAUAGAUUUCUUCUUUGCAAAGAUCUGGAUCUGGUUUUAAUCGAAGUAUCAGAUCGGAAGUUCGAUAUUAUAAGUGUCUGAAAGUGGGAUUUUUAGCGAUGGAAUCGGGCACUGAUUCUCGUUAUGUUCAUCAGCUGCUCGGAAACUCGCCGGAAAAGCCAGGAACCGAUCAUCCCGACCCAGUAACCACCACAAGCUCCGGAGGAGGAGGUACGACUCCUGCAAGAAGGCCACGUGGACGUCCGGCGGGGUCGAAGAACAAGCCGAAGCCACCCGUAAUCGUUACUCGCGACAGUCCGAACUCACUGAGAUCCCACGUGCUCGAAAUCUCGUCCGGUUCGGACAUAGUUGAUUCGGUUUCCGACUUCGCACGGCGGCGAGGUCGUGGAGUUUGUGUACUUAGCGGAACCGGUGCCGUCACGAAUGUUACAAUACGGCAACCGGGAUCUCCACCUGGAGGCGUCGUAAUAUUACAUGGGCGGUUCGAGAUUUUAUCUUUAACCGGGACUUCUCUUCCACCGCCAGCGCCGCCGGGAUCCGAUGGAUUGACGGUUUAUCUCGCGGGUGGUCAGGGUCAAGUAGUCGGUGGGAGCGUGGUGGCUCCGUUAACGGCUUCCGGUCAGGUUGUAUUAAUGGCUGCAUCGUUUGCCAAUGCGGUUUACGAUAGGUUACCGCUUGAAGAAGAUCCACAACAACAACAACCCGCGGCUUCACAAUCGUCUGGAUUGACUGGAAGUGGCAGCGUAAGUGGAAAAGGUGGUGGCGCGACCGGAACCGGUGGCGGCGGCGUUCCUUUCUAUAAUUUGGGAUCAAACAUGGGAACUUACCCUUUUCCAGGUGAUGUAUUUGGUAAUUGGAGUGGUAGUACUGCAACAAGACCUUUUUAA